AUGGCACAAACCGCUGUUUCCGGCGCCGAAUCGCCUCGCCGUCGUCAAGGUUUACUCCGCGAUCAAGUUCAAUUAGUCAAAAGAAAAGACUCUUCCGAUCGCUACGAGAUUGUUCCGAUUCAAGAUUCUUUAUCGUUUGAGAAAGGAUUCUUCAUUGUUAUUCGUGCGUGUCAGUUAUUGGCUCAAAACAAUGACGGAAUUGUGUUAGUAGGAGUUGCAGGUCCUUCUGGUGCUGGGAAAACUGUUUUUACUGAUAAGGUUUUCAGUUUCAUGCCGAGUAUUGCUGUUAUAAGCAUGGAUAAUUAUAAUGAUGCUAGUCGAAUCAUUGAUGGAAACUUUGAUGACCCUCGAUUGACGGAUUAUGAUACCUUGCUAAAAAAUAUACAGGAUCUUAAAUCAGGGAAGCCUGCUCAGGUUCCGAUAUACGAUUUCAAGUCUAGUUCUCGCAUCGGAUACAGGACUAUUGAAGUCCCUAGCUCCCGUAUCUUAAUCAUUGAAGGAAUCUACGCCUUAAGUGAAAAAUUACGACCUUUGCUUGAUCUUCGAGUUUCUGUCACCGGUGGAGUCCAUUUUGACCUUGUCAAGCGUGUUUUGCGGGACAUUCAACGAGCUGGUCAAGAGCCUGAAGAAAUAAUUCAUCAAAUCUCUGAAACGGUAUAUCCCAUGUAUAAAGCUUUUAUAGAGCCAGAUCUCCAAACAGCGCAUAUAAAAAUUAUUAAUAAGUUUAAUCCAUUCACUGGAUUCCAGAAUCCCACCUACAUAUUGAAGUCAGCAAAAAUUGUGACAGGGGAUCAAAUCAAGGCAGUUAUUGCUGCAGAGUAUACUGAAACCAAAGAGGAAACAUAUGACAUUUAUCUUCUACCCCCCGGAGACGACCCUGAAGCAUGUCAAUCAUAUUUGAGAAUGAGAAACCGGGAUGGAAAAUACAAUCUUAUGUUUGAGGAAUGGGUUACAGAUAGUCCAUUCAUUAUAUCACCUAGAAUUACUUUUGAGGUCAGUGUGCGUCUGCUUGGAGGGCUGAUGGCCUUGGGGUAUACAAUUGCAGCAAUCCUGAAAAGAAGCAGCCAUGUCUUUCACGACAAUAAAGUGUCCAUAAAAACUGAUUGGCUAGAACAACUUAAUCGCCAAUAUGUUCAGGUGCAAGGGAAAGAUAGAAACUAUGUUAAGUUUGUAGCGCAGAAACUGGGUUUGGAUGGUUCCUAUGUUCCUCGCACUUACAUUGAACAAAUUCAGCUAGAAAAGCUUGUAAAUGAUGUGAUGACACUGCCAGAUGAUCUGAAGACAAAACUAAGCAUAGAUGAUGACUCGGUUUCAAGCCCCAAAGAAGCACUUUCUAGAGCUUCUGCAGAUAGGAGAAUGAAGUAUCUUAGUCGUGAUAUUUCACAGUCAUAUUCAAAUCGAAGAGACAAGAUUCUACCUAAGUUGACUAAACUUGCUAUAAAUAACAGAAGUUUUAACGCGAGAGCUCUAGAAUCACCUGCUCCCAUGGCCAACCAAGGAGUUAUCAUUCAACUUUCCGAUCAAAUUUCCACCCUAAAUGAAAGAAUGGACGAGUUCACCUCCCGUAUUGAAGAGCUGAAUUCAAACUUCGAUGUUAAAAAAGUUUCAGCCAGUCAACAAAACAUGGCUUUACAGGCUGAGACCUGCAAUGGCUCUGGCCCUACUUCUCACUUUGUUACUGGAUUAAGCAAUGGUUCAUUGUCUGGAUCAUUGCUUCCUAAUUCUCUUUCAUCCUCUCAAUUGGUUAGAGAGUCUCCGCUAAUGGAAGAGGUAUUACUUGUUGCCCGAGGACAACGUCAAAUCACGCAUCAACUCGACACUUUGAGCAAUCUUAUGCAGGAAUACUUGGGUGAGAAAUCGCGGCCGGGAAGAAAUGACCAGGCAGGCAAAAUACUUGAAGUUGAAUCCUUUGCCAUCCCUCUGGUUCUGACUUUAGCCUUUGGUGCUGUUGGGGUGUUCUUGUUCAAGGGUUUGACAUCUAAAAAAUAA